CUCAACGUUGAAUAACGCGACAACACGAAAGCGAAAAUGAACACACAGUUUAAGGUUUUUAAGCAUUGAGUCUGUUCAAUUUUCAAUAGCUUGAUCAAUCGUUCAGAUGCUCUGCUCGUAACGAGACGCGGAACUGUGUUAACUCGGAAUAAAAAAUAUUUCAUAGCUUCUAAUAGAAAAAAAAGAAAAUUGAUAAUUCAAAAAUAAGAAGCUUGUACGGUGUCACAUAUUUACAUGAAAAGUUACUGCUGCAUUCAUUAAAAAAAUAAAUAGAAAAGAAAUCGAAUAUAAAAAAGAAAUUAAUGUGACAAAAAAAAAAUCAUCAGAAAUCAGAAAUGCAAUCAAACUAAAGUGCCUCGAAAUUCAAUCAUAAAAAUAAAAAACAAAAAUCGUCGCAAAUGAGAAUAUUUUAAGCACAAAUCCGAGAAAAUUUUUUUUUCAAAUUGUGCCAAAAGAAAAUCAAAAAGGUUGUGAAAAAAUCAUUGAAAAUCGCUUAAUCGUGAAGUUUUUAUAUUGCUCGGAUCAAUACAUUUGAUAUUUAUACUUCAACGACCAACGAAAUUCCAUCCGUCAAAAUUUGUCCCUCAAAGUCAGAUUGUUUUCCAGGCCCCAGAUCUGCUACAAUACCAAUGCCAGCUUAUUACGAUAUGCUGGUAUCACAAAGUCCUCCGCUUUUUAGUCAUAGUCCCCCGACAGGAUUUUUAUCUGAAUAUGGCCCAAAUCGUUUUUAUGAGUCUCCGCGUUUUUGUCGAUCAGCGGCAGCUCUGACGCCACCAUCAGUCCGACGCUUCCCACCGCAAAGUACACAGCCCUCGUUAUAUCAGACACAUUUACAAAGCCUAACUCCAUAUAAGCCCACAACAUCAAAGCCAAAACGUUCGUGCCUCAUUGUCCGAUCUGAAGAUGCCAAACAUGAAACGAUCAGUGAAAGUAGUGAAGAUAGUGACGACGGGGAAAAAGCCACAAAGUCAAAGAAGAAACGAGUUGUUUUCGCAGAUGACAAAGGAUUGGAAUUGGAACAUGUUAAAAUAAUGUCAGAAGCAUCAACUCAACCUCCAACAUGGUCUUUGCAGUUUCUGGCGCAUGUUACUCAAGGGAUGAUUAGCCCAGAACCGCAUGAACAAUGGACAAUUGAUUUCCGACAACCUGCAUCGGAUUAUCUGGAAUUUAGACGAAAAUUGGAGGCAAACAACGUGUCAUUGGAAAAUGUUAUAAUCAAAGAAUCAGAAUCAACUGUGGUUGGAACUGUCAAGGUGAAAAACUUAAGCUUCCACAAGGAAGUAUUUAUUAGAUCAACCUGGGAUAACUGGAAGUCAAAAACUGAUACAUUUUGCACAUACUCACAAAUCGUUGGUGCAAGUGGUGCUUAUGUGAUUUAUGAUACCUUCUCAUUCAAACUCACAUUGCCGCCUCAUUCGCGCAACCUCGAAUUUUGUGUAUGCUUUCGUGCUGAUGGAAAGGAAUAUUGGGAUAGCAAUGGGGGAUCUAAUUAUAAACUCACAAACCGUGUGUCUGCUCAACAACAAGAGAAUGAAUUGGUGAUAAGACUCAAUAAUGCAACACUUGAAGAUAGAAGCAAAAAUGUGUCAAAUACAAACAGUGAUGGUGGAGCGAGUGAUCCUAUUGAAAUGCCAAAGCCCAAAUUUGGCUCGUGGUCAGAAUUUAGUACGCGUAACCAAGAACCUUUGCCCUACUGUUCGUCAUCUGAGAACAACGGCGUUUGCAGUGGCUUGUACAUUUCUUAAACCUUCCAAUAAAUUUAAUUGUCGGAAGGGAAAAUCGGCUCAGAAAAAGGAAAAACUUUUGAAAAUAAGCUCAUUUUUACAACAAACAUAAGUACAAAGUAAAAGUUAUUCCAAUGGAAACAAGCAACAAACAUAAAACAUUAAAUAAGCUUAAAAGCAGGCCGAAGAACGCAAUAAUAUUUUUUUUUAUAAUUGAUGUGAUGAUAAGUAUGGAAGCUCGAGUUCAGCAGCUGACGAAAGGUGCUCGUGAUCUUCCUUGAUCGGAUGCAACAUGGAAGUUACACUUAAGUAAACCAGUUUAACAAUCGUUGAACAAAAUUCUUUCUUUCUUUAUUUUUUAUUCUCCUUUAUAGUAAAGUCUGAUUAGUAAAAAACAUAUUAUUUAAAUGUUAAGAAGUGCGUUGGUUGAGCUCUAUGACCACACGACAUGUGCUCAAAUUGAUCUUGAAAUGAAACAAUUCUUAUUUAAAUGAAAAUGAAUGAUUUUGCAGGUCAAAUGAUAUACUCAACUUUGAGACUCGUUUUUUGUAUUUAAAUUGACCACGUCAUGUUAUUAUCGAGAUCAUCAAACGCACAUAUAAAAUAUAAGAUUCAUUUAAAAAACUUAUAAGUUUUCUGUCAGCUUCUUUCUCUCUAUAAGAAAACUGAAAAUCUUAGUGGAAAUUAUAUUUAAUUAAACAUGAACACAUUUGAAGCGAUAAUCGAAGAGACUUGUAUCGAAUAAUUAUGGAAGGAAAAGCAAAGAAAUUCAUAAAGUUUUUUAUCAAAAAAAAAAGUGAAAAUGAAACGAUAUGAAAAUUGGUUUAGAUUUUUGUGUAACUAGAAGACUGAUAAAUAACUGAUAACGCAAGAAAAUGGAUGUCCAUGCAUAAACCCUCAAAAACCUUAAGCGGUCCAUUUUACAUAUAAAUAUCUUUACUCAAAUUACAAUCACAAAAGUUAAUAUAAUGGAAAAGUUAUUCUUAAUUUCAUUACUUUUUUUUAUACUAAAUUGUAAAUGAAAAAAAACAAACGCAAAACUUAUAUUCAAGAAAAAAAAGAUUGUGAACUUUUAAGAAACUUUUAACCAUUUUUAUUAUCUUUAAAAUAAGAUUAAGCCAUAUGUGAAGAAACUUUGAAUGUCUCACAUUGUAGCAUAACUACGUUCAAAAUGAUUUAACUCACCACGGUGAGUCAAAUGCCAUGUAAAUAUUCUUUAUUAUAUCUUUUGUCUAUUUUGCUGUUGAAGAGUAAGAAAAGGCUCGUCAUGCAAAACAUUUUUCACAUUAUUAUCAUUAUCAAACUCAAUACGCUAUGUUAUGUAACUUCAGAAAAGUAAUAAAGAAACAGUUAUGUUAUAUUUUUAAUUAAUUUA